GCGGCUGGAGGAUGGGCACCCAGGGAAGCCCGGUGAAGAGCUACGACUAUUUGCUCAAGUUCCUGCUGGUGGGCGACAGCGACGUGGGCAAGGGUGAGAUUCUGGAAAGCCUUCAGGACGGCGCGGCUGAGUCCCCGUACGCCUACAGCAACGGAAUUGACUACAAGACAACCACCAUCUUGCUGGACGGCCGACGCGUCAAGCUGGAGCUCUGGGACACAUCGGGCCAGGGCAGGUUCUGUACCAUCUUCAGGUCCUACUCCAGGGGUGCACAGGGCAUCCUCCUGGUAUAUGACAUUACCAACCGCUGGUCUUUUGAUGGCAUCGACCGAUGGAUCAAGGAGAUUGAUGAGCACGCACCUGGGGUUCCUCGGAUCCUGGUUGGGAACCGGCUGCACCUGGCCUUCAAGCGGCAAGUGCCAACAGAGCAGGCUCGUGCCUAUGCAGAGAAGAACUGCAUGACCUUCUUUGAGGUCAGCCCCCUGUGCAACUUCAACGUCAUCGAGUCCUUCACAGAGCUCUCUCGCAUCGUGCUCAUGAGGCACGGGAUGGAGAAGAUCUGGAGGCCCAAUCGAGUGUUCAGCUUGCAGGAUCUCUGCUGCCGUGCCAUCGUCUCCUGCACCCCUGUGCAUCUCAUCGACAAGCUUCCACUGCCUGUCACUAUCAAGAGCCACCUCAAGUCCUUCUCAAUGGCAAACGGCAUGAAUGCUGUCAUGAUGCAUGGCCGUUCCUACUCCCUGGCCAGUGGUGCCGGGGGCAGCAGCAGCAAAGGCAACAGCCUUAAGCGGUCCAAGUCUAUCCGUCCCCCUCAGAGCCCUCCCCAGAACUGCUCUCGAAGCAACUGCAAGAUCUCCUAGCAGUGCCAGUGGGCAUCAUCUGUGCAGACUCUGGGAGGCUCCCUGGGGCACUCCUGACCAGGCAUUAGGCCCUAUUGUGUGUAUGAGGACUUGGCCACACGGCCCUGCCUAGGAAGCACUAGGUUUCCUCAACUCCUGGGCUGGGUAGAGGGAAGGAGCGUGUAGGAGAACACGCUCUGUAGAUUGCCAGAGGGGCCUGUGGGCAGCUGGGCUGCUGGUGCUACAGGGCCCUGAUCUGAACCAACCUCCGAUUCCACGGCUACCUGGGCUUGGGCCAGGAGGGACCCUAGCUCCCCUGUCUUAUUUAUACAGAGAACAUUUCACCCAUUUUGUAUUUUAAAGGGCUGUCAGGGAAGCCUGGUUGCUACCAUGUGGUGCAGGGGGUCACAUCAGCCAUGGGGCAAGUUCCAUGUGUCUAGGGAAGGAAGAAUUUGUGGCGGUGGGAAGAGUGGGCAAAGCUGGAAGAUUUUUGGAUUUGCAUACACUUCGCCUGGGGUGUGGGUAAUACCCAGCAGCCCGUGAGAGAACAGAUGGGCAAGGGCACCCUCCAGAAGCUUUUGGCAGUGAUCUUGGCCUUAGCUUUAUUUUAUUUAUUUAUUAUUAUUAUUAUUAUCUCUCUUUUUUUUUGGUACUGGGGAUCGAACUCAGGUCCAGCGGAACCACUGAGCUAAAUCCCUGGCCCCCAGCUUUAGUUUUGACCAGGGUGGUCAGUGUGCUACAGGCAAGAAGGUAGCUCCUGCCAACCCUCUGUGGAUGUCAUCCCUGUACAUUGGAGCAACUGCAACUCAGGAGAGCAAGAAAGUAGGGCGCACCCCAGUCUUUGCCACGCUAUAGGUCCCUCCCACCUGUGACUUGAAAACUUUGGUGAUGUUUACUACACAGACUCAGAUCAACACCUCCAGGUUGAGAAUGCAGAGCUGUUUGCAGACUUGUGAGAUGGGGCCACAACCUACACUCUUCUGGUGGCAUCUGGGUCAUUGGACACCUCUCUCCAGCCUUCUGCUCUUAGCAGCUUGUGCUCAUCGACCUCAGCUGUGUUCCUGUAGCUGCUCUUUGCCUGACAGGGCUCUUCUGCCCAGAAGCUCACAUAUCAUUGAACUUCUUUGGCUUGUUUCUUAAUGUCACAGCCUGAAACAGCAGCCUCAUCUGGGCUAUAGGGAUGGACCCAUCUUGAAGACCCAUCGGCCAGCCCCUCUGCUAGAGCACAACAGGGUCUGGUCAUCUUGCCCGUCUUGAAGCCAUGGACAAAUCAUCUACAGUGCUCCUCAUACUCCUUUGUGUCCUGCGUAGCCCUCCCCAUGGGGACAUCACCCUCUGACUACUCCCCAUCCUGGCCUGAUGACAAAGCCCUCCAUUACACUGGUGCUCAACUCUUCCCCCUGCCCUCUGGCCCAUGGCCGCAGCAGGAUCCCUCCCCUGGCCGUGACCCUCAUAGUACUUGUCUUGAGGUGGUUCUGCUGUGGGUGGACAGUACAGCACCAUGGCCUGUGCUCUAUAAAGUGAGCCAUGCCACCAGGGAGAGGGUUGUGGCCGUGUGAGCUGCCUGACACCAGUGGCUCCUUGGCCCUGAGGCUGACCACAAGCAGGUUGGGCAGAGGCGUCCCGCCCACUGGACUUCACCUUUCCCCCACUCACCUGCUGCCAGCAAGGGUCCUUUCUCUGGAAUCAUGAACGAAAUGACAGACUUUGUUUUGAGGACCUGCAUGGUCCCUUAUGCACGGUAUCAACACUACCCCACUGCUGUUGGACUUUACCGUUCCUGGGUUCUUUGAACUGUUCUUAUUUCCUUGUACAUUAAAUGUAAUUCAGCUGUGACCUCUCUU